UUAAUAUCUUGAUGAAGUGAAGGGAAAAGCUUAAGCAUUUUUAGUAUGGAACUAUGGAUUACUCAUCACUCAUAUCUUUCUUAAGUUCCUCUUUUAAUCCUGUGAAUCUCAGCCAUUUAGAAAUGAUAUCAUUAAGAACAAAAAUGAGGGCAAAGCUUGUGAGAAUCCAAUGCAAAAACAAGUUUGAAAGGUGACCGUCAACUGCCAAGAUAACGCAUUUCAUUAAUGAAUCCCUCUACGAGUGAAAAGAACGCACACUUUCCCUUAUCUCAUCAUGCUAACAUCAAUCACUCAAUCUUAAAGCAACUGUUUCCUUCGUCAUCAUUGGACCAUUUGGAUUAAAUUCGAGGAAAGGGUUGGUGGUGAUAUUUUAGUGAAAUGGCAAGGCCAGUUCCGUUCCAGAUUUUUAGUUGUAGUGCAUCCCCAAUCAUUAACGUAUAUGAUCUGCAAAGUGCAAAAUCGUCGGUGAGGAUGGUUAAAGGCAACUAUAAUAGCCAUACACAUAUUCUAUUCCUUCUUUAAACUUUCCCCUUUUCUUUCCUUGUGUAAAGCUAGCAGACAAUAAAAAUUAGAAAAACUUUUUGGAAAAAAAGAUAUAUUUUUUCAGUCUUCUUAAAAAGAUAUAGUGAAUGGAAAUUGAGUGGUGUACGAUGUUGCGUAUAAACUAGUUUUUGGGUAGAAUAAUAAACCUGGGGCGUACAGGUGAAAGUAAAACAUUUGGUGUAGCAAUGAUGACAGGGAGGGGCACAAGUGGGCGCACUUGUGCCCAGGCUUAGCACGUGGGUGCUGCCUUCCUCAUUACUCGCUGGCACGGCGUGGUCAUAGGACUCGAGGCAAAAUGUCCUUCAAGCCUACGGCCUCAAGCCAUAAAUACUUUUUUUUUUCUUUUUUUGAACAUAAACCAUAUAUACUUUUAGUUGUUACAAAAGGAUUAAUAUACACACACACAUACAACAUAUGCAGGUUGAAUUAACAUAUACAGGUUGAAUUUUCCGAUGAAUGAUUGGCAGUUGGUGUGUGCAAGCAUCAAAAGCAUUGAAUUUUCAGGCGGUUGUCUCAAGAAACAUUCUUUGUUUGAUUGUUGUGGAGUCUUCUAACAUGGUGAACUCAAGCUCAACAUAUAUGUAUGCCAUAAGAGAGGAGAACUGCUGUGGUCUCUUCUUUUUGGGUUCAUUGAAUUGGGGAGAAUUUUAGCAUACUGGAUGUUUGAUAGGAUUGCAAUGGCUUUGAUUCUGUGUUUUGCAUGUCCAAAUCAGAUUGACAGAAAGGACUUGGGAAUUUAGAUUAUUUGAUCUUCUUGGUUUCCUAAAAAAUAUGUAUCGAAAUCCUCUUUGCACUCCUAUCAUUUUGGAUGUCUCCCUCCAUUGCGGGGUUGCUUGGUUGGGUCAAGAAAUUGGGGGUCUAGCUGGCUGUUGGAGUAGGAACUUUGGUGCACCAAAAGGGGGACUCCUAUAAUCAGGCAAGGAAGGAGCUUGAUUAGUUUCCAUCAUCAUGCUAAUUUGUAGCUGGUGAAUACACAACUGAAGGGAAAAAAGCAACAGAAAAUCCAGUCAUGAAGUUUAUGAAACUUGGAUCUCGGCCUGACACCUUCUACACUACAGAGGCUGUAAGGUCUGUCUCUUCUGAAGUCUCUAGUGACCUUAUAAUUCAAGUGAAAGGAAGUAGAUAUAUGCUUCACAAGUUUCCUUUGUUAUCAAAGUGUAUGCGGCUACAAAGAAUAUGCUCUGAAUCCCCUGAAACAUUACAACCCCAAAUCAUCCAAUUACCUGAUUUCCCUGGUGGAAUUGAGGCGUUUGAGUUUUGUGCUAAGUUCUGUUAUGGCAUCACUAUCACUCUCAGCGCCUAUAACAUUGUGGCGGUCCGAUGUGCUGCUGAAUAUUUGCAGAUGACAGAAGAUGUUGAGAAAGGGAACUUAGUUUACAAAGUCGAAGUUUUCUUCAAUUCCUGCAUCCUUCAUGGUUGGAAAGACUCUAUUAUCACCCUGCAAAGCACCAAAGCCUUUUCCUUAUGGUCUGAAGACCUUGGAAUCACAAGCAGAUGCAUAGAAUCAAUUGCGUCGAAAGUUUUGACACACCCUUCAAAGGUGAGCUUGUCACAUAGUCAUUCGAGAAGGGUUCAGGAUGAUAUGUCUUGCAAUGGAGCCGAGAGCCAGCGGCACCAACAGACUAUCAAAGGUUGGUGGGCUGAGGACAUUGCUGAGUUGAGUAUUGAUCUCUACUGGAGAACCAUGAUAGGUAUUAAAUCUGGUGGGAAAAUACUCUCUAAUCUCAUUGGUGAAGCACUGCAAGUUUAUGCAUCUCGAUGGCUACCUAACAUAUCAAGAAAAGUAAAAACUAACAGAGAAGCAACAACAGCAUCUACCUCGGAUUCAGACUCGGCUGGCGAGGUUACUUCAAAGCACAGGUUGGUGUUGGAAUCUUUAGUAAGUUUACUCCCAUCAGAGAAAGGCGCUGUUUCUUGCAGUUUUCUACUUAAGCUCUUGAAAGUAGCCAACAUCCUUAAUGCUUCAUCUUCUUCAAAGAUGGAAUUGGCUAGAAGAGUAGCACUUCAAUUAGAGGAGGCAAGAGUCAGUGAUCUGUUAAUACCUUGUUUAUCACACUCGAGCGAUACCCUCUAUGACGUCGACAUAGUUUUGACCAUUUUCGAGCAAUUCAUGUUACAAGGACAAAGUACACCAACGAGCCCUCCGAGAUCAAAGCUGGGGAUUGAGAGGAGAAGAAGGUCGCGAUCAGCCGAGAAUGUGGAUUUGGAGUUUCAGGAAGCUAGGAGAUCUUCUUCUGCAUCACACAGUUCCAAACUAAAAGUAGGUAGAAUUGUAGAUGGAUAUCUCCAAGAGAUUGCCAAAGACGUAAAUCUGCCUCUCUCAAAAUUCAUUGCAAUAGCUGAGACCAUCCCAAAUUUCUCACGGCCUGACCAUGACGAUCUCUACCGAGCCAUCGACAUUUAUCUCAAGGCACACCCGGAGCUAAACAAGAGUGAAAGGAAAAGGUUAUGCCGUAUUCUGGACUGCAGGAAGCUGUCGGUAGAGGCUUGCAUGCAUGCUGCUCAAAAUGAAAAGCUUCCACUAAGAGUAGUGGUACAAGUUCUAUUCUUCGAGCAAGCUCGAGCAGCCACAACGGGGGCCAAAGUGGCUGACCUCCCUAGCAACAUCAAGGCACUUUUAGCCUCUCAUAACAUUGAUCCAUCUAAGCCUCCAGGGCCUUUAAGCACUACUACUAGUAUCCCAGCAGAUGAUGAAUGGAGCAACUCAGGCAUUAAAUCCCCAAAGUCGAGAAAUUCGAGAUUAAGGAACAAGGUAGCUGGAGAAGAUGAUUUAGAUGAAAAUGAGAUGAAUCGUGAUGGAAUGGGAAGACCUUCUAAGUUUAAGGCAUUUUGUGCUCUUCCUAGGAGACCCAAAAGAAUGUUCAAUAAGUUGCUGUCCAUCAAUAGAAGUGGCAGUGAAAAGAACUGAGUGAAUUUUUGUUUACUUACAAGUUAGAGAUGGUAGCUUUUUAAGGGUAAAACCAAUACUCUUUAUCCUUGUAAUUUUAGCUAAGAAACAAAACAAUCUCAAUGUGCAUUGUGGGUGUAACCUAAUGUAAUAAGAAUCAAGAUUAAAUGUAAGCAUGAGUAUUCAAAACUCCAAUAUCCUCUCAAUUAUAUAUUAUUAACUUUUUUUAA